ACCAACUUUUAAUCCUCUAUUUUCAUUAGUUAUGUGUAAGUAAAAAAAACAACUCUCCAAUUUCUUAUAUUUUAUUUUUAGCAUUUUACAUCAACAAACGUAACUUUGUAGCGUCUUCCAACGAUUUUGAUCUUCUUCCAACAAAAAAACAAAACCAAAUCCAAAGCAACAAUAAAAUCUAAACUCAUUGAUGUUAAGCCCUCUCCCUCUAUAGAUUGUUUAGCCACCAUUUUGAUGUUGUAUCGAAGGAAAUGGGCACGCACAUAGCUAGGCUUGUGCGCACACCAAACCCAUCUUUACUUCUUGUGCUUUUGUCUUUGUUACAACUGGCCUUCGUCUCAUUUGGUAAUACAGAUAUUGAGAACCUUAUAACGUUUAAGGAUUCAUUAUCAAGCCCUUCAUCUCUUAGAAAUUGGAAUGCUUCUAUUAGUCCAUGCAACGGGGAUAUAGCAAACUGGAUUGGUGUGCUUUGCCUUAAAAAUAAGAUAUGGGGUUUGCAGCUUGAAAGCAUGGGCCUAGGAGGGUUAGUGAACAUUGAAAUUCUUGAUGCAAUGCCGACAUUGCGCAUUAUAAGCCUGAUGAACAAUAAUUUUGAAGGUAAAAUUCCUGAAAUAAAGAAAUUAGGUGAGUUGAAAGCUUUGUAUUUGUCAAAUAAUCGUUUUACCGGAGAUAUUCCUGAUAAUGCAUUCGAAGGUAUGAGAUCCUUGAAGAACUUGUUUUUGGCAAACAAUGCUUUUACCGGUAAAAUUCCAUCAUCGCUUGCAACAUUGCCUAGGCUUUUAGUUCUAAAAAUGGAGGGGAAUCAAUUUGUCGGUCGAAUACCAGAUUUUAAGCAAAAUGUGAAGGUGGUGAACUUUGCUAACAAUGAAUUAGAAGGUCCUAUCCCUGCAAGUUUAAGCAACAUGAGUGCAAGCAUGUUUUCAGGCAAUAAAAAUUUGUGUGGGCCACCACUCGAAAAAUGCAUCCCUUCAGCUAGCCCCCAACCUCCGCCCAUAUAUAAAAAGACAAUAUCUGCACUGCAAAUUACAUUGAUCGUGAUAUCUAUAUUAUUACUACUGGCAAUCAUAGCAACAGUGAUUUUCGUUUUGUCCAAGAGGAAACAAAAUCCUGGACUAUUAAAUGCAGCAGAUCAUGACUCCAGCAUGUUGCCAUCUAAUUCCAAUGACCAAGAAAAAAAGGUUUCAGACAGCGGAGGCAUGAUGAAGAGAUCUGACUACGGAAAAUUAAUAUUCUUGAAAGGUGAAAUCGAUAGGUUUGAUUUGCAUGAUCUGCUAAGAGCAUCAGCAGAGGUUCUUGGAAGUGGGAAUCUUGGAGCUUCAUACAAGGCAGUCAUAAUGAAUGGUGAAGCUUUAGUGGUGAAGAGAUAUAAACAGAUGAACAAUGUGGGGAGAGAAGAAUUUCAUGAGCACAUGAGAAGAUUAGGAAGAUUGGACCAUGAAAACUUGUUACCAGUUGAGGCUUAUUACUAUAGGAAAGAAGAAAAAUUGUUGGUUUGCAAUUUCAUGGAGGAUGGUAGCUUGGCCAGUCAUCUUCACGGCAACCAUUCGGUAGAUAAACCCAGUCUUGAUUGGCGAAGUCGAUUGAAGAUCAUAAAGGGCGUGGGCAGAGGUUUAACAUAUCUUUACAACGAACUUCCCAGCCUAGUUGUGCCUCAUGGUCAUUUGAAAUCAUCCAAUGUGCUUCUAAACGACAAUUUUGAACCUUUUUUGUGUGAUUAUGCUUUAAGACCGGUGAUCAAUCAAGAACAAGCUCACAUGUACAUGACUGCUUAUAGAUCACCAGAACAUGCUAUAAAUGGUCGUAUCAGUAGGAAGACAGAUGUGUGGUGCCUAGGAAUACUGAUCCUAGAGAUCUUAACAGGUAAGAUCCCAGAGAACUAUCUAACAUCAAGUUACGAUAGUAACACAAAUUUAGCUACAUGGGUGAAUGAGAUGGUUAAGGACAAAAGAACCAGUGAAAUUUUUGACGUGGAGAUGCGAGGAACUAAGAAUAGCAAAGGAGAAAUGAUAUGUCUUUUGAAGAUUGGGCUAAGUUGUUGUGAAGAUGAUCCCGAUACAAGGCCAGAGUUGAAGGAAGUGGUACAAGAGAUUGAAGAGAUGAAAGAUAGAGAUAAGCAUGAAUUAUCUUCAACAAUAGGUGAAGUAAAUGCAAUUAUGUCUAGCAGAAAUGCGAGGGAUGGGGCCUUUUCCUCCUUUAAUCGUUGACCAGGAC